CUUGUCUUAGGGUUCCUAAAGUCUCCUGUGGCAGCAAGGAAUCCCCUAAAGCUAGCACAAGCCUCAGGAGGAAAAUUCACAUGCUUUGAAAGAGAUUGGCUGAGAAGAGACCUAAACGUGAUCGGUUUCGGUUUGAUCGGUUGGAUUGCACCAUCGAGCAUUCCCGCCAUCAAUGGCAACAGCUUGACGGGGCUUUUCUUCUCAAGCAUCGGCACCGAGCUCGCCCACUUUCCCUCGGGCCCGGCCCUCGAUUCCCCUUUCUGGCUAUGGUUGGUGCUGUGGCAUUUGGGACUCUUUUUGUCCCUCACUUUUGGUCAAAUUGGGUUCAAAGGAAGGACUGAGAAUUACUUUUGAGUUGUUUUUAUUGACAUAUUUAUGUUGGAUUUAAGUGUAUGAUAUUAUUAUGAUCUUGUGACUGA